AUGAAUGCUGUUAAAAUUUUAUUUGUAGAAAUUGAAGGUUAUUGGAACGAUUUAAAAUUUGAAAAUAAUGAGUAUAAAGAAACUGACGAAUUUAUGAUUGAUUUUAGUCAGUGGAUGAGAAGGUUUAUAGCCGAUCUUGCUUUAAAUAUGAACUUUGGUGAUCACGCAUUUAGCAUGGCUGAAUUAAAAGGUAAUAAUGAAAAGGCCAUAAAACCAAUGGAUGAGAGGGAGAUUUUUGGUGUUUUACUCGAAUUUUUUGUUGCUGGUGUUGAAACGUCUUACAUGCUUCAUUGUUUAUUACGUAUGCAGCAUCCUUCAGUAAAACAAAAACUUAUUCAAGAACUUGAUUCCGUAUUUCCUACUACAUUACCAUCAAAAACGAGUCGUUUAAAAACAAAUCCUCCAAUUAAUCCUCGUGAACUUUACGAACAAGACGAAAUUGGUGGAUAUACAAUUCCAAAGGGUGCUACGGUAAUUGCGUGUGUAGAUGCCAUUCAUUUACAUAAAGAUUAUUGGGAAAAUCCUACAGAAUUUAUUCCAGAAAGAUUUUUAUCCGAUGAUUAUCCAUUAUCCAU